AUGACUACUACUCCCUCACCACGUCCGAGUGACCUCAGCCUUUGCAACCCAGGCCCCUCGAGUUCCUUUCUCAAAAAGCUCCUGAAGGAGAUCAACGGCGAGGACAGCCAUGCAUCGAAGAGCAGUAAUACGUCACAGCGCACAACAGCGGUGUCUCAUCCAAAAUCAUAUGGUCCCAGAACGGUAUGGGUCGGUGGGGCAAGCAUGGCUCAGGAUGCUCGUGAUAAGCUUCGUGUUGCAGAUGAGGCGCGGCUUCAGAGGGCCUCUCUUCAGGGCACUGAUGGCACGCCAGCUCUUGAGUCACCCUCACGCGUCACUACUUCGCUGAGCCUCACCAGUUCUACGUCGUCUAGAAGCAGCUCGACGGACAUUACAGGUAUGAACGCUGAUGAGAAGAGUUUGGGCAAGCAGGCGACACUUAGAGGCAUACUGCGUGGAUCAUGUAACAAAGCUGCAUCCCCACCUCAGCAACCUAAUAUCAGUGGCUUGCGAUUGCCUUCGACACGGUUUUUGUUACCACCAGAUGGCAGCAUUGACAGGCCAAACGCACCUUCCUCACCCCUGAUGUUCUGUGACAUCGACUCUGACAUCUCUCUGACACCGCCGGAUACUGAGCCUCCCACAUCAGCAGCAACUGAUGAGUCCACUCUAGCCUCGACUUGGUCGGCUAGCAUUCUUCCAAGUCCAAUGUCAGGAAGAAGCAUGAGUCCCGACAAAAGAACCUUCGAAAUGGCCGACCAACCACGCAUGCUGACCAAAAAGAUGCGCACCAAUACAUAUCCCGAGGCGCGCAGCCAUCCCACAAGCUCUCGAACUUCCAGACCACCAGACAUCAACAACCACAACCUCCUUCACACCGAAGAAUUCACCGAACGCACAGCCUCCAUCCCCCUCUCCCCCAAUUCCGACCCCCUAGCUUUACUCCCCCAACUCUCCUCCUUCCGCCCAGACGCCACACCUAGCACACCCGUCCGCCGCCGCCCGCGCACAUGCUCGGUGCCACGCCGCAGUCGCAGUCGCAGUCGCAGUCGCAGCCCCAGUCCCGAGACGACGCCCAGCUGGGCCCGGUCGCUGCAUCUCGUCGAUACGGAGAUAUUUUCAGUGUUCAAGGGCGAGGCGGAGGCGUGGCAGAAUAAUUUGCUGUGUUUGUAUUGCUUUAGCAGACAUGGGCGGUUUAGCAAGAUGCUUCCACUCGGAUAUGAGAUGUGUGGAGGGGCGGAGGUAUUGGAUAGUCAUUAUUGGGAGGAUUGA